AUGUCAACCUCUCAAAGAGCUUCCAGAGCCGCUCUUCGGUGGCUUGGCGAACAGAGCGCCGCAUCCACCUCGAGCAACGCAGCAGCCAGCGGAUCCUGCAUCACCCUAUCCGCCACUCGCAACGCCCAGACACACUCGGCACCGAAGCGAUGCGGAGCUCAAAGGAAUUUUCGCAGCGAUCAUGCCGCCAGUCUGUGUCCACCCCGUGGUGCUAAAAAACACUUUAGCACCAGCUCGUCCAGCUCGAGCUUCUGGCCUGCUGGGACUGCUCCGCCCGAAGAUGAGCCGCAAUGGCAAGCUGGUGGUGGUCCUCCUUCGAACGUCGGAGCUGGAGCUGCACACAGAAAGACAGGCUCCGCAUCGAUGUACCCAUCACCAGCCUCUGUGAGCGCUAGCAUUGCGCAAUCGGAUACGCACAGAAGAUCCGAGGGCGCUCGACUCGUCUCAGCACCUCCGCCCAAGACUGUGCAUUACAUUGCCGAGAUGAAGCGGCGCGGACAAGCAAUGUGAGUGAUGAAGCGAAGCGCACACUCCGAGGCACCACUGGCUGACGCACCUCCAAUUCAGAACUGUCCUUACGGCGUAUGAUUAUCCGACCGCACUAGCGCACCGUUCGGCCGAUAUUGACAUCUGUCUGAUCGGUGACUCGCUGGCCAAUGUGGGACUUGGUCAUGGAUCGACGCAACGCUUAUCAGUCCCAGCGAUGGUGCACCACAUCCAGACCGUCGUUCGAGGACUCUCUUCGCCGCUCUUGUCGGGCGAGGGCAGACCAGCUCUUCCUUUAGUCAUCGCCGACAUGCCAUUUGGAUCCUUCUUUGCGAGUGUUGAAGAGGGAGUAAAGAAUGCGCUGGCGCUGAUCAAGGAAGGUGGAGCGGAUGGGGUCAAGAUAGAAGGAGGACAAGAAAUCGUGCCUCUAGUCGAGCGCUUGACAGAUUUUGGCAUUCCAGUGAUGGCGCAUAUAGGACUUCAACCUCAACGAGCAGCCGCAUUGUCAGGUUUGACGCUGAGAGGAAGGACUGCGGAACAGGCGAUCAGCAUCGUCAGAGAUGCUCGAGCGCUAGACAGAGCUGGCUGUUUCGCCGGAGUGGUGGAAUGCGUGCCGAACAAGGUGGCCAAGGAAAUCAGCAAAAGAGUCGGCUUUGCUACGAUCGGCAUAGGAGCUGGACCAGCAACGGAUGGACAAGUGCUCGUGAUCAACGAUAUCCUUGGCGAUCUCACAGGUCCGGCUCACGUGCUUGCUGGUCUUCAAGAGACUGACCACGCGUCAAACAUGCCCCUGCCGCUUCCCCACGCUCAAACUCCUCGUCCACCCAAAUUCGUGCGCAACUUUGCGGCGCAAGCCACUGGCGGAGCGACGCUUGGCUCCAUUAGGAUCGCAGCUGUUCGAGCUUACGUCGAAGCUGUCAGGAAUCGUGACUUUCCAAACGAAGAUGUGGAAGGCUACAAGAUCAAAAGGGAGGAGCUGGAACAAUUCAGAAAGCUUUUGAGCGGGGAGGAUGCUAAUGAUGCUCCGAAGCGGUAA